AUGUUUGCGACCGGUAAAAAACCGCGGGUCGAGAUUCCGUACGAAAAUCGUCAAAAUUUGCCAAACGGUUUGAGAGGAUAUUAUGUACAUAGACUUCUUGUAAAUGCUGUUGCAAUGUGGGCUUCGCCUCGUUACGCUUGUUAUAUUUUCAUGAUGUUAGAUGAAAUUCACAGACAAGAACGUGAAGAGCUAGAGAACAAGCUUGAAGCAAAAGACAAAAACAUACAGAAAAGAAUACCACGUUCGGUACCAAAAGGAAAGGAAAAGAACUAUAAGUAUAUGAUUUAUACUGAAGAGAUGGAAAAUGAAGAAGACAGAGAUAUGGUUAUGUUGCAUUUAGUCAGAAGAAACAACAAAAGCUUUUACGACCUUGCUAAGAUUUACAAAUCUGACAGAAAUUGGUUCUAUCGCGAAAACUUACCGAUUUCAAUGACCCCAAAUGAAGAUGUGAAACAAAUAGUUCAAGAUACUUUACCUCAAACACACUAUGAUAUGAAAGGUUGUACAAUACUUACCUUCAAAGAAGAUUUACCGCUACUGAAAGAAAAAAUAACAGAGUAUUUUGACAACUUCAAACAAGCAGAGUAG